AUGGCUUGGCUUCUUCCUUCGCGCAGGACGGGCGUUGCCCUCGCUGCUGGAUGUAUCUUGUUUUCGGCACUGGCUGCAGCCAAUGCCCACCCCGGCGGCCUCUCUGUCAGCCAGAUUGAGGACCAAUUGCAGAACUGCCCGCUGGUGGAGUCUCUCAAUGAGCACAAGCGUGCUACUAGUCCGCAGACUGCCAGUCUCACUUCGAAGAUCUUCGCAGUCCUUUUCCCCGGCAGCCCAGCUGUGAACGCGCUUCUGGCCACUGCUUAUAUCUCCGGCCCACCCAAUUUUUUGCUGGCACUAUGUCCUCCGAACAUUGACCCGUCCUCGCUCUCUAUCAUGGUCGCCUUCGCUGUCGGAGGCCUGCUGGGUGACACGCUCUUCCACCUCCUCCCUGAGAUCUUCCUGGGCGAGGACUCGCCAGAUCAUGUGAGCUUCGUAAUGGUCGAGCCGAAUAAGAAUCUCCUCUUGGGCCUGGGUAUCAUGGUGGGAUUCUUCACCUUCGUAGCCAUGGACAAGGCCCUGCGCAUCGCAACCGGCGGCGAGGGUGGUCACGACCAUUCCCACGGUCACGCGCACACUGACACUUCAGCCACGACGAGCAGCUCCGACUCCAAGUCCAAAUCCAGUGGAGAUGUCAAGAAGCGCAAGUCCGCCUCCAAAUCUGACUCCUCGCCCUCCGUCCCCGCGAAAGAAAUCAAUCCCAGCGUCAAGCUGGGCGGCUACCUCAACCUGAUUGCUGAUUUCACCCACAAUAUCACCGAUGGUCUCGCUCUCUCUUCCUCCUUCUACGCCUCGCCAACCCUCGGAGCAACCACCACCGUCGCAGUCUUCUUCCACGAGAUCCCGCACGAGGUCGGCGACUUUGCUCUUCUCGUGCAGUCUGGUUUCUCCAAGCGCAAGGCCAUGGGCGCCCAGUUCGUUACUGCCGUAGGUGCUUUCCUGGGUACCUUGAUCGGUAUUACUGUGCAAGAGUUUGGCGGCAGUGGUGUUGCGGAAGACACCGGCGCUGCGGCUGGUUUGCUGGGUACUAGUCUCUCGUGGGGAGACAUGCUUCUUCCUUUUACGGCGGGUACCUUCCUUUAUGUUGGUACUGUCGCUGUCAUCCCGGAGUUGCUUGAAACUGGCCCCAACAAGGCGCUUGAGCUGCGGAAGACGGUGACUCAGUUUUUGGCUGUUGCUGUUGGAGCGGGAAUUAUGCUU